UCUCUGCUGGCUUCCGGUCUGUGAGCCGUUGUGCCGUUAGCUCCGUUAGCUCCGUGUCUGAAGCUGCUCGCGGCAGUCCGGUUCCGUCAUGGCGUACCAGCUGUACCGGAACACCACGCUGGGAAACAGCCUGCAGGAGAGUCUGGACGAACUCAUCCAGACUCAGCAGAUCACUCCUCAGCUCGCUCUUCAGGUUCUUCUUCAGUUCGACAAAGCGAUCAACACGGCGCUCGCCAACCGGGUCCGCAACCGAGUCAACUUCAGGGGCUCGUUGAACACGUACCGGUUCUGUGACAACGUGUGGACGUUCGUGCUGAACGACGUGGAGUUCAGGGAGGUGACGGACCUCGUCAAGGUCGACAAGGUGAAGAUCGUGGCGUGUGACGGGAAGAGCGAGUCCACCCAGAACAAGACGGACAAAUGAGCGUCGACGUCUCCUCCUGAGUUCUGGUGUCAGACGGAGUCACUGAUGGACCUAUGGACCUGGACUGUACAUAUAAUUUAUUACAGCAGAGUCACAGCUGAGAGAGUGUGUGUGUGUGUGUGUGUGUGUGUGUGAGUGUGUGUGUGUGUGUGUGAGAGAGAGUGUGUGUGAGUGAGUG